CAUACAUAAAUUAAAAAAUUGUGAAUUUUUAUUAUUGAAUAAACUUAAAUUGAAUGUGUUUUUUUUUUUUUUUAAAAAAUUUCAAAUUAAAUAAAGAUUGCGAAUAUUACAUUUUACGUGUUAAAGAAAUACCCCAAAAAAAAAUAAUUCAAUAAAUAUUGUUUAAGUUACAAUGGCGGAGCUUUUAACAAAAGAAAAACAAUUUCUAAAAUUAAAUGAACAAUUGGAUAGAAUGGCCAUAACCAGUGCUGACAUGGAAGGUCCCAAGACAGAUGGUCGUUUUUUAACUUUUCAAAAAUCCAAAGGCCCCAGUACUCUGUUGAGGAAACAGGGAGCCGGUGAUGGUAUUGUAGAUGUUAACGAUACCAUAACAACCCUUAGGGAACAACGAACAAAUAUAAUGUCGCUUAAUAAAGCAGCAGGAGGAGGAACCUAUCGUUCUGCUAAUAGACGUAGUUACGAUGCUCCCAGUACAUCUUCCCAAGGCCCAGCAACAGUUUGCAACAACAAUCUCACAUAUCGUUCCAAACAAACAAAAUGCACUGAGUCCAGCCGCUCCCAAAUAAAUAAUCGUAUUAGCAAUAGUCGUGUUGAGCCUUCGAAUAACUCAACUUUUGCCAUUAAAUAUCGUAAUCCCAAAUUUUUAGAAAGUCCCUCUUUAGAAGUGUUGGUUAAAGAGGAAAGCUCCUCGUUGAGAUGUCAAAUGGAUGCCUCACGCAUUGGUAGUCUUAAUUCGGUGGCACUGGAGGAUGGUGUGUCUACGGGACGGCGUUCACAGACUAGUAAUCAUACAGUGGCCUCAAAGAAGAACAUUAGCUCGGAGGGUUUAAUAAAAUUCCUUAAAUCCAAAAUUGUAAUACUUGAAGAAGAUCAUGAACGCAUAUCUAAGGAAAUGAGCAAACAAAAGGAAUUACUCGACAAAGCUUUGGAGCACACCAAAACGGUAGAGCAACAAAGGGAUCAGGCUUUGGCCAAAAAUAAUUCCCUAACAGAGCAAAUAGCAAAACAUGAAAAACAAUUAGAAGAUGCAAACAGGCGUUUAAAGGAGCGCAGCUUGGAGCAAAACGCUCAACAUAAAGAACUGGAAACAGCGAAAAGAGAAUUAAAACUAUUAACUCAAACAAAUACCAAUCUAGAGAAGCGACUCUUUCGAGCUAAAGAAGAUUUGGAAAGUGCUAGGAAUACGUUGAGCGUAAUGAAAACGGCUGAGCGGGAGCAAAAGGAAACGAUGAGAAAUGAGGCCGACAAUAAGGAUAAACAAAUUAAGGGGUUAAAAAAACAAAGAGCGGAUUUAUUAAAUGCCUACAAAAAGCAAUUGUUUCUAAUCGAUAAUUUAAAAAGGCAAAACAUAUGUUUGGAACACGCCAAAAUGAUGGAAUUUGGUGAAAAGGAGUUUUCCAAAGUCUUAGAGUGGAAUAUUAAGAGAUAGAGUUUUAAAUAAAAUUCUGGUAUUUCUACAAUAUACGUAUGCAUGUGUGUAAAUAAAUAAUAAAUGUAGUCUGUUCUUUAACAGUGUCCUGUUAAGUGUCCUUAAAAAAAGACUUAAUAAUAUUUGCAAUAAUUAAAUGUACUUAAACGAACAAUAAACUAAAAAUAUUCUUAUAUAGCUUUGGUACAUACUUGUACUUACAUA